AUGAAUUUAUUCGACAGUUAUCAAUCUCCAUUCGUUUACAAUAAUCCUGCUGGAAUUCCAAGAGCCGAUUUUCUAGGGAAAAUCCAUUUGACCCUGCUUGCUUCAGUAUUUUGCUUCACUUCCUUUUUGACCUUCGUUGGAAGAGCGCACAGAAGAGCAAGCAUCAAAUUCUGGGGAGAUCUUGUAUCGAACAAGCAGAAGUCUAUCGUGAAGCUGUACACAAAUCGUCUAAACGGAGAAGUCCUCUUUGUCAGCGCUCCAGAACGACAAAUUGUAUCUGGUUGCCUUGAAAGUGGCAUGGAAAUUAAUCAAACGAGAAAUUGGCUAGCACAGUUCAUCAGAGAUUCGGACAGAUUUCUGACGCCUUGGUGGAAAGAAAUCAUGAGUGACGUUUUCUGGUCGAUUGGGUGCUCUUCCUUGAUUUUUCUAGCACUUUAUCAGUCGUCCAAAGAAACGAGGCCAGAUCAUGAGCCAAAGAUGAUCGCAACACUGACACUUCUUCUUUCAAUGAACGAAUUUCAGGAGCUUGCAGCUAAGGGCAAGAAGUCCAAGAAGACUAUCCGAACCUUCCACAUCGACUGCCACCACCCAGUUGAGGACAACAUCAUGUCCAUCUCCAAGUUCGAGGAGUUCCUCAAGCAGAAGAUCAAGGUUGACGGCAAGGUUGGCAACCUCGGCAAGAACGUCUCCGUCACCUCCAACAAGACCAAGAUCAACGUCACCUCCGACAUCGACUUCUCCAAGCGAUACCUUAAAUAUCUCGCCAAGAAGUACUUGAAGGCCAACAACCUCCGAGACUGGCUCCGAGUCGUCGCCAACUCCAAGGCCUCCUACGAGCUCAAGUACUUCCAGAUCAACCAGGACGAGGAAGAGGAUGAGGAAUAA